GAGUGGAAAGUUUGACGUGUCCAAACCACAACAAGCGCCCACCUUCUUCCACAAUGCAGAAAGUACCAUACCGUAUAUAUAUAUGUAGAAACAACGAUAUGCGAUGUUGAGAACUUGUUGAGGCGCACCGUUGACGAUCUGCAGAAGGCUGCAGCAUGAGGAGCGUUGCCGUCUUUCUGCUUUGCGCGCUGGGAGCCGCGAUGGUUUCGGCCAUCUUCUGCAACAAUUCCAUCGGCCCUGAGGAUUGCUGCUUUAAACACUACCCACGAAGACUGAGCCCCAAAAUCUUUCGGUCCUAUUAUGUGACUGACAACCGAUGCCCCAUAAUGGGAGUCAUUCUGGUGUCCAAAAAGAACAAUCGCAUCUGCGCCAACCCGACUCUCUCCUGGGUGGACAAAAUCAUGAAAACUUUGGAUGAAUCCGUCCUCUGAAGGGUCCGCCUGCCCCCUCGCAAGAUCACCUUGUCCCGCUUCGCUUUUUGCUCUGUCAAUUUAUGACAAAUGGCAAGUCGUAGUCAUGUGCAGCUGGCCAUGUUUAUUUUAACGGGCUUUUCCUGAUUAUCUCUUUAACGAUAUUUAGAAAAGUUACUCUGUGUAUCUUGAUGUAAAAUCAGUUGGGAUUUAUAAAUAUGGAAAUAUGUAUUUUAAAGUAAGGAAUCAAAACAUUGAAAUUAAUUUUGGUAUUAAUUAAGCCAAAAAAAAGAAGUACUAACGUUAAGAUCAACACAUUUUUAUAUAUGAUUUCAUGAUGGAGAGCUUCAAGUGAUUUCAUUGGACAGUGCUGCCAUCUCCUGGCUAAUUGUGAAAAUACAAUUUUAUGGUUUCUUUUUGUAACAUUCAGCUGUUCAGCUUUACCAUAAAUAAAUUAAAUAAAUCGGUUUUCCAACCUU